UGUUUAGUGGCCUUUACAAACAGUAAGAUGGCGCUUGCAAACAGUUGUGGACAAUAAUGGGCGUUUUGCUCUCCCAGUUCUCAUCUCAGUGCCUAGAUUUACACUUGGAAAAAUACUCACAAAAAACGCUUCGCCAUCACAACACGAUAUCCGAAUAGAAUCUCAAUGUUUUGCUGCCGGAGUGAAGAAUAUAAAGAACAGAACCGCAUCAACAAAGAAAUUGAGAAACAACUGAAGCGCGACAAAAAAGAUGCACGUAGAGAGCUUAAACUUCUCCUCCUUGGUACCGGUGAGUCGGGCAAAAGUACCUUCAUCAAGCAGAUGCGCAUCAUACAUGGAGCAGGUUAUUCGGACGAUGAGCGAAGAACCUUCAUCAAAAUUGUUUAUCAAAACAUAUACAUGGCUAUGUUUACGAUGGUUCGUGCUGUGGAAAGUCUAAAAAUCCCUUAUGAAAACCCAGCAAACAAGGCAUAUGGGGAAGCAAUAAAAGAGAUCGACUAUGAGACCGUUACCACUAUGGAACCACAGCACGUUGUAGCUAUCAAAUCAUUGUGGGAUGAUCCAGGUAUUAAAGAAUGCUAUGAUCGUCGUCGUGAGUAUCAACUAACAGAUUCAGCAAAAUACUAUUUAGAUAAUCUUGACCGAAUUUCACAAUCAGAUUAUUUACCGACGCUUCAAGAUAUUUUACGAGUUCGAGUUCCUACUACAGGCAUUGUAGAGUACUUGUUUGAUUUGGAUUCUAUCAUAUUUCGGAUGGUUGAUGUUGGUGGACAACGUUCUGAACGUCGAAAGUGGAUACAUUGUUUUGAAAGUGUAACUUCAAUUAUGUUUCUAGUUGCAUUAUCUGAAUAUGAUCAAGUUUUGGUGGAAUCCGAUAAUGAGAAUCGUAUGGAAGAAAGUAAAGCGCUCUUCAGAACAAUCAUUACUUAUCCAUGGUUUCAAGAGUCAUCUGUUAUUUUAUUUCUGAAUAAGAAAGAUCUUCUAGAAGAGAAAGUACUCUAUUCUCACCUUGUUGAUUAUUUUCCUGAAUACGAUGGUCCUCAACGCGAUGCAGAAGCUGCCCGUGAUUUUAUUCUAAAAAUGUUUGUUGAAUUAAAUCCUGAUCCUGAGAAAAUAAUCUAUUCUCAUUUCACAUGUGCUACUGAUACAGAGAAUAUACGUUUCGUUUUUGCUGCUGUAAAAGAUACAAUUCUUCAGUUGAAUUUGAAAGAAUAUAAUCUUGUUUGAUAAAUUAUAUCAUGAAGUAUGCAUCAUUUUGUCAAUGCCUUCCAUCUACGCUUAAAAUUGGAAUUAUUCUCAGCCAAUCAGUUUAUGUAUUGUCGACGGUCCUAACACAAUGUAUCUACAACUACCAGUUAAUUUAACGCAACGAACUCUCCCUAUCUAUGCCCUUAUAUCAGUGUUUGGAUUCUGCGCCGCCGCCAGUUUGCCUUUUUUCUUGUUCGUUCCGUUAUCAUAUAUAUGUAUAUGAGAGACGAUAAUACAUGCAUAUACACUUUAACCUCUCAGUAACUGCUGUCAACUAUGCCUACCGUUCAUUAAAAAAUGAUGCAAUACUACCACUUAUUCUUAUCGAUUCAUGUAUUUUUUAAAUUGGUUUUUCUUUCCUUCUUUCUUCGCUUCCUCAUUAUUGCUCUUUUUGCCUCAUUCCACAUUCACACUAUUUUGGUGCUGUUUAUUUCUUCCAUCUCAUCCACUUAGUCUAUGUAUGUAUGGAUGUGUGUCCAGUGUUUCUACACAAUAAACUGCACCCAUUGUCCGACCCCCUACCCUUCGUGCUUACUCAGUAAUAUUUAGACGACGUAGCUAUGUUUGUGUGUCUGUGUCUGUGUGUCGGAGGUGGUUUAGUCGUGAUGAUAUGUAUUUGAUCGAAAUUCUUCCUUAUUUUCAAAUGAUCUUUUAUUAUAGCUCUUCUUUGUUGUCUUGUUAUUGAACAGGACUCUUUUUUAAUUACCUGGUUUGCUAAUUUGUUUGUUUGUGUGAUGAUGGUAAUAAUAAUGGUGUUCAUUUGUUUAAAAGGAGAAAUAAUUGGUAGUUUUUCGUUCUUUCCUUGUAUCGUCGGCUUUCAUUGUGUUCGCUUAUUUGUUUCUUCUUUUUUUUUGUUAAAUAUAUACAUGAAUCUAGUCUAUGAUACAAACAACAAUUUUCGUUUAUCAUAAUGAUUUACCGCAUGCCUUUUCUGUAUACGUGUCGAAAUAGAAAUCUCCUUUUUCUAAUCAUCGAAUUUGCUAAUAAUAAUAAUAAUAUGCGACUAGUUUUAUUUUAUUUUUUCUUUGAUAGUUUAUAUUUCUGUUCUGCUAUGAAGUGAUUCUUACUUUAAAAUGUGUUUUCAUUUAGUUUUUCCACCUGCACAUUUCUUUUGUAUAUUGAUCUGUUCCUAUACCCUCCCUCCUGCUUUCUUUAUGAUAAACUCUUCUUCUUCUUCUUGUUCGUCGCCAUUGUACUUCGAGAAAUGAACAAAAGAAGGAAGCUCCUGUUCACUGUUUCCACUAACUGUAAUAAAAUUAUUUAGUCUACACUCUAUUGUGCUAUUGUUAUUCUGUUUAAUUAGUUCGCAAAAUGAUCGUUUGUUUUUGGAUUGAAGUUCGUUUCUUAUAAUAUUAAGAUGAACAAUUCUUCCCCCUUUUUCUUUCUUUGGAAAAGUCAAUGAACAAAUAGAUUUUAGACGCUUUUUAUGUUCAUCAUUCUUCUACUUUUCUCUUUUGUGACUUGCAUUUUGUUGGCAAAGUUGUCUGAUAUAUAUGUGCACGGGCGCAUUAAUCAAUUCCCUGUUUAACGAUUGAUCUAUUACAGUUCUUAUUACGCAAUAUGUAUUUAUUAAUAUUAUUAUUGUUUGAAAAGAGUGUAACAGAUCAUCUUUUGUUCUAACUAUUCUUCCGUUUCAUUCAAACCUACGAUUUUGAUUCGACAUCAAUCAGUUGUUAGUCAAAAAUUACACCCUGUAAAAAGUAUCAAUACAUUGAUUUAAUUUCAUUGUAUGUUUGCGAUUUUUCUCUGCUGAUUUGUUAGUUAGUCAUAGUGUUUUUGUAUGACGUUUUCCCUGUUCCAUUCAUUCAAAAGUUACAUGCAUCACACACCCACUGACUGAUGUGGUCGUUUGGUGAUAAUACAACACUUCCUUUCUCACCAGUUAUUAUGCUUGUCAUUUGUAAUUGCUCUCUACAAAGUCUAUAUAUGUAUGCAGAGGGAACAUUUUAGCAAGUUGUUAAAACAUAGCAUUUUUUGACUGAGUGAAGAGCACACUCUCUCACUUUCCAUCUUUUUCCCUUCAUUUACGAUGUCAUAAAUCAGUCGGAUUGUGUAAUGUUCAUUCUGACUGUUGUUCUACUACUACUACUAUUGUUAUUACAGAUACUAUUUUGAUGUAUGAAUUAGUACUUUUGACCUAAUGCGCGUACUGAUUGUAUGUCGUAUGUAUGCUUUUGCUUCCGUAAAUCAGAUCUAAUAGAUAAGUGGUAUUAAUUAGUGAUAUCUAUGCAUAGUUGAUUUUUCUCAUUGAUCAUUCUAUGUGUUUCUUUUGUUUUGUUGAUUUAGGCAAUAUUUUUAGAUUGUGCAUAUAUCUAUAUGUAUGUAUGUAUGUGUGUGUGCACAUAUCUCUUUGAACCAAUUUCUUAUAUGUCGUAAACAAUAUGGUGCAAUGACAUUGAGUUACUUAAUUGGUGUUUCUUUUUGUAUACUGCAAUUAAGAAAAAAAAAUUCUAACUUUUCUUCUUUAGUUGCAUUUCUCUCUCUUUUUCUUCUCUGUUUGUUUUCCUCAACUUUUUGAUUCUAACAAUUGAAUAGUAAUUGUGCUAAUAGUAGUCUGUAUGAAUGUAUUAUUUAUAAAAUCAUAUUUAGGUUUAUUUCUUGCUUCAAUAUGAUGGUGAUGAUGAUCAUGGUCAUAGUCGUGAUCAUGAUGAUGAUGACGACGUUAUCAUAAUACAUAUAUAUAUACUUCAAUUAGCUUUAUUAUUCUCGUAAUUCUCAAUAUCUUCUAGCCAAUAUUCUUGUUAUUUUUUUUGUUUAUUUUUGGCUUCGUUUUUUGUUUGCUUGUUUGUUUAUCUAGUCCUUAAACUUUUCUUGAUAAUGAGAUUGUAAUCUAAUGGUUUGAAAUAAAAGUUCAUUGUUUUUUUUCUCUCUCUUUCUUUCAUAUAAAUGUACUCAAACACACAAUCAACAUGAAUUUUGGCUGAUACAAUACAACCAUUAGUUGAAAAUAUGUAUUCAGUAUAAUGGUUUUGUAACAUUUCAUUGUAUUUCUUGCUUACACCAUAGAUAUAUAUAUAAUAGAGAACAAGUCAUUUCUUAGAUAGUCUGACACCAAAGUUAGAAUUUUCAAUACAAAAGUCAACACAGUUCUACUGUAUGGGGCUCAAACUCGGAGAACUCCGAAAUCCACCAUCUAGAAGAUACAAGUGUUUAUUAACAGUUGUCUACGCAAUAAUCCGUUGACCAGAAGCUAUUAGCAACAACCUGUAGAAGAAACAAACCAGAUUCCGGUGGAGGAAGAAGUGGAUAGGACACAUAUUGAAGAAAGCACGGAAAUGCGUCACAAGACAAGCUCUCACUUGGAAUCCUCAAGACUAAAGAACACCUUACGCCGAGAAAUAGAGACAGACAUGAGAAAAAUGAACAACAAUUGGAUAGAACUAGAAAGGAAUGUCGAGGAUAUAGUGAGUUGGAGAAUGCUGGUCGGUGGCCUAUGCUCCAUUGAGAGUAAGAGGCGUAAGUAAAGGAAGUAAAAUUCUUAGAUAGUCGUGUACAUUUAUCAUUUUUGUGUUUUCUACUUAUUCAGCUGAUACAACAAGCUUUCUUUUUUCUUUUCUAUCCAUCAUAUAUGAGAUGUAAAGGAAAGUAUUCCAACAAUAGAAAUGAUUUCAUUUGAACUUCUCAGUAGUUAGUAGUAAGAUAAUUUACAAAUCUUUCAUAUAAUAGCGC